AUGAGUGCCGAGCGAUCCAAACUCUACGUAGAUUUGCCUGGCUUUAUUACUCCGUCAGUUAUCACUGGUGAUCAGUUACGUCCAGACCUUCUCUUGGAAAUUGAAAAUAAAGUUUCAUAUGUUUUGGAACUGACUGUUGGCUUUGAAACAAAUCUUAACUCUAACUCAGAUAGCAAACAUAAAAAAUACCUGCCGCUUAUUUCAGAUCAAGAAAGUAACUAUGAUAAGGUAAAAUUUGUUAAUGUAUCCAUAAGCUCGCUAGGCGUUUUUGGUCAAUCGACGAACACCUUAACUGAUAUGCUCAAGGAACUGAAGUUCGAUGAACAACAAAUUAAAUACAUUAAAAAGAAAAUCAUUGCUAUUUGUAUUCGCACAUCAUAUUCUGUAUUCUGUCAGCGAAACAAAGACUGGACUAGCCCAGAGCUUCUAAAAUUUUGA